CUCUGGACUAAUCUCUAUUAGCACUAUUAAUGAUCCAGCGAGAAGAGCGCAGCUCCUGAAGGGGAUUCAGCACUGCGGACAGCUGCCCUCUCCGCUAGCAUGGGUCAAACUCAGCCCACGGAGCACAACGAAGAGGUGGAGGUGGAUGUAGCCGCUCUGCAGGAGAUGUAUAAGAAGUUUGUGACGGAGUGUCCCAGUGGUCUGCUGUUUCUGCAUGAAUUUAAGAGAUUUUUUGGGGUGGACCCAACAGGGGAAGCGUCGGAGUACGCCGAGAACAUGUUCCGUGCCUUCGACAAGAACGGGGACAACACCAUUGAUUUCUUGGAGUUUGUGGCAGCUUUAAACUUGGUGUUCAGGGGGGAUUUGGAGCACAAGCUGAGAUGGUCGUUCAAAGUGUACGACAAGGACGGCAACGGCUUUGUGGACAGAGAGGAGCUCAGAGCAAUCGUUGAAAGUAUAUAUCGUGUCAAGAAAGUGGACAGGAAAGAGCCGGUCGCCUCCUUAGACGAAAUAUGUGAGCGAAUUUUCAAGGUGGUAGAUGAGAACGGGGAUGGUAAUAUAACACUGGAUGAGUUUGUAGAGGGGGCCAAGAAAGACCCGUGGAUUCUCAACAUGUUACGUUUAGAUAUGAACCCGUACAGCUGGGUUCUGGACCAGAAGAGGAGGAAAAGUGCUCAUUUCUGAAGUGAAAUCAUCUCCAUGUUUCCAGAGACACAAUGCCAACAUUUCACCACAAGUUCAAGAACAACGUGCCUGAUGUUACCGCUUUCUUUCAACGAAUGGCCUUCAUGGACUACUGUAUGCAUAUGGGAAUGUACACUGAGACAAUGAAGAUGGAAAGAACGAGGAGGGUGUGGUUCACAUAUUAGAACUAAAAAAAAACAAAUUAAAACCACAUAUUUUUAUAUAAACAACUUCAUGUAUAUAUAAAUGUAUCCCUAUACUGUAUGCUGUUACUGUAGUACAUUAACUACUACUACUAUUAUUAUUAUUAUUAUUUUAUUUUCUCUAAAAAAACAAAAAAAAUCGAUGGAACCGCUUUAAAAUAAGACUACCCUUAUAAAUGGUUUAUAAACUAGAUUAUUAAGUAAUAUUGAUUAGGCUGUAAAUGCCUUAAAACCACUGAUCAGCAGUUACAACACAUCAGUUGAAAAGGCAACAGUGAUCCGUUGUUAGCUCUGUCAUUUAAUUCAUAGUAAAUAGUUAAAAAUACUUACAAAUAUAUUAAAAAGGCAGGUUUAAUGCUGAUUGAUGGAAAACACAAAGUAAAAUCAGUAUCUAAAAAGAUCUGAGG